AUGCACCUAGAGGACAUUAAAGGGCUGAUUGACAGGAACGUGUGUGAGCAGCAGCUCUCCCCUCCCCACUCAUCAUCCCCCACACCCCUGUCACUGUGUGGGGAGCCCAGUCCCUUUUCCCAAUCAUCCUCCACACCCCUGUCACUGUGUGGGGAGCCCAGUCCCCCUCCCCAAUCAUCCUUCACACCCCUGUCACUGUGUGGGGAGGCCCUCUUCCCAAUCAUCCUCCACACCCCUGUCACUGUGGGGGGAGCCCAGUCCCUCUUCCCAAUCAUCCUCCACACCCCUGUCACUGUGUGGGGAGCCCAGUCCCUCUUCCCAAUCAUCCUCACCACCCCUGUCACUGUGUGGGGAGCCCAGUCCUCCGGGUCUGCUCACCCCCUCACCACCCCUGUCACUGUGUGGGGAGCCCAGUCCUCCGGGUCUGCUCACCCCCUCACCACCCCUGUCACUGUGUGGGGAGCCCAGUCCUCCGGGUCUGCUCACCCCCUCACCACCCCUGUCACUGUGUGGGGAGCCCAGUCCCCCGGGUCUGCUCACCUCCCUGUCACUGUGUGGGGAGCCCAGUCCCCCAGGUCUGCUCACCCCCCCUGUCACUGUGUGGGGAGCCCAGUCCCCCGGGUCUGCUCACCACCCCUGUCACUGUGUGGGGAGCCCAGUCCUCCGGGUCUGCUCACCCCCUCACCACCCCUGUCACUGUGUGGGGAGCCCAGUCCUCCGGGUCUGCUCACCCCCUCACCACCCCUGUCACUGUGUGGGGAGCCCAGUCCUCCGGGUCUGCUCACCCCCUCACCACCCCUGUCACUGUGUGGGGAGCCCGGUCCCCCGGGUCUGCUCACCUCCCUGUCACUGUGUGGGGAGCCCAGUCCCCCAGGUCUGCUCACCCCCCCUGUCACUGUGUGGGGAGCCCAGUCCCCCGGGUCUGCUCACCACCCCUGUCACUGUGUGGGGAGCCCAGUCCCCCAGGUCUGCUCACCCCCUCACCACCCCUGUCAAUGUGUGGGGAGCCCAGUCCUCCGGGUCUGCUCACCACCUCUGUCACUAUGUGGGGAGCCCAGUCCUCUGGGUCUUCUCACCCCCUCACCACCCCUGUCACUGUGUGGGGAGCCCAGUCCUCCGGGUCUGCUCACCCCCUCUGUCACUGUGUGGGGAGCCCAGUCCCCCGGGUCUGCUCACCCCCUCUGUCACUGUGUGGGGAGCCCAGUCCCCCGGGUCUGCACACCACCCCUGUCACUGUGUGGGGAGCCCAGUCCCCCGGGUCUGCUCACCCCCUCACCACCCCUGUCACUGUGUGGGGAGCCCAGUCCUCCGGGUCUGCUCACCACCUCUGUCACUGUGUGGGGAGCCCAGUCCCCCGGGUCUGCACACCACCCCUGUCACUAUGUGGGGAGCCCAGUCCCCCGGGUCUGCUCACCCCCUCACCACCCCUGUCACUGUGUGGGGAGCCCAGUCCUCCGGGUCUGCUCACCACCUCUGUCACUGUGUGGGGAGCCCAGUCCCCCGGGUCUGCUCACCACCCCUGUCACUGUGUGGGGAGCCCAGUCCUCCGGGUCUGCUCACCACCUCUGUCACUGUGUGGGGAGCCCAGUCCUCCGGGUCUGCUCACCCCCUCUGUCACUGUGUGGGGAGCCCAGUCCCCCGGGUCUGCUCACCCCCUCUGUCACUGUGUGGGGAGCCCAGUACCCCGGUUCUGCUCACCACCCUUGUCACUGUGUGGGGAGCCCAGUCCCCCGGGUCUGCUCACCCCCUCACCACCCCUGCAGGAGGUAA